AAUUCAAGCCAAGACUCGAGAGUUUCGCGAGAGACAAGCUCGGGAACGGGAUUAUGCCGAGAUUCAAGAAUUAAACAGGACUUUUGGAUGUGAUGGUGACUCAAUGUAUGCUGGAAUUGCUUCAUAUAAUUCCUCCAUAAAUAGUGGCACAAUGAACAAUAGACCACAGAGCCCUAGGGAAGGGCCAACGGUUGAAGCGUUAUAUGCCCAAGUAAAGAAAGCACGCAAUUCCAAGUCUUCACCUGCAGACAG